AUGUUUCUUCUCUUGAUUGAAUAUCAUGAAAGGCGAAAAUUGAUCAAAUUAUCGAAAACGAUCGUUAUUCGAUUUUUUCUAUUCUUCGCUUUACUGGGAAAAGUCUCAUCAAUCGGUCUGAAUCGGGUGCAAAACGCUGAGCUGAAACAUGUUGUGCCGAGGCAGUUAUCGAGAGCAAAUCUUCACGUUCUCCAGGUUUCUGUGCAAAAUAUUUCGGAUUUUUUAAGUUCUUUGAAUCGAGGAGACUCAAGUGAACAAAAUGGAUUGAUGGCAACGGAAACUGAGAAAAUUUCAUCAAAAACGAGUUCGAUAUCGAAAGAGGUGAAUUCGUUGAGGAAAGUUGCUCCGAUUAAAGUAUCAAAUCGAAUUUUUGAACGCCCUUUGUCUACAGUGAUUAAAGAGGAAAAACUUCGAUUUGUCGUUGUGCCCGAGCUUCAACAGGAUCUCACAAUUUAUCAACACUUCUCGUUGACGGGAGCUCGAGCAUUGUUGAAAAGUCAGAUGAAACCAAUAGUGAUCAUUCCGAAACACUCCAAAACGCAGCCGGGAAUGGUCAUUGGAACGGUAAAACUUCCCGUUAUGCCUUCGAUUUCUGUGAUCGAUGACGAAUUGCCUUUUGGAACUGAAAUUUUCAUGAAUCGUUUAAAACAUCGCCGAAAAAAGUUUAUUCUGUCGGAAAUUCGAAAA